AUGGCUCCUACGUGGGCUUGUACCCUUGCUACAUGUCCCAUCGAGUCAAGUCUUUUCGGUUACCGCCCAUCGCUUGCCGCCAAUACCUUCUUUCUCUCUCUCUUCGGACUAUGUACACUUGCUCAAACAUUCGAGCUGGUGCUCUGGCGAAGCCAUACCUUUUCUAUUCCUAUUAUUAUCGGCGGCUUGUGUGAAGUCAUCGGGUACGUGGGACGCGUCAUGCUCUACAACAAUCCUUUCAGCCAGGAUGGGUUUCUAAUCCAGAUUUGCUGCCUGACUAUCGGACCCGCAUUCUACUCUGCCGCUAUCUAUUUCUGCAUCGCGGAUAUCGUCAAGCGGUUUGGGCCUCAUGCAUCCCGACUGCGACCCGGGCAGUACGCUUGGAUCUUCAUCCCGUGCGAUAUCAUCAGUUUGAUCCUACAGGGCGCUGGAGGGGGGGUUGCCAGUAUGGCGGUUCAAAGUGACGGAGAUCCUAAGCCUGGCACUAAUGUCAUGGUUGCUGGACUGGUGUUUCAAGUUUGCAGUCUUCUUGCCUUUAUCCUUUUGACACUGGAAUUCGUCUGGCGCGCCCGAGCUACUCGAUCGGCAGCCAAUGGUGCAGGGUGGGGUACCGAAAAGACAUCUACGCGAAACCGAAAAUUGUGGCUAUUCGGGCUUCCUUUCAGUCUUGCUGUCCUGUGCAUCUUUAUCAGAUGCGCCUUUCGCGUCGCGGAGCUAAGCAACGGCUGGACUGGGGGAUUGAUAAAACACGAGAAUACGUUCAUCGGCCUGGAGGGAGCCGUGAUUGCGGUAUCAGCCAUUGCCCUUAAUAUCGCACAUCCGAAACUGUUGUCCACCUAG